AUAACACUCUUUUCAUUUCUCAAGUCCAAAAAAAAUUUCCCACCUUUGUUUUACUUCUUCAUUUUUUCUGCUUACCAAUACCAAUCUUCUUCAAAAUUCUUAAAUUAGUACAAUAAAUUUCCAUCCUUUCUUCAUUUGAUACCAAAUUAAAUUACUAAAUAUCAUCUAAAGUCUAAACUUUAGUGUAUAUAAACAUACAAUUAAUUUUUGUUUUUCUAAAUUAAUUUCUCUUUAAUUACUCAUCAAUUGGAAGAAGUUAGAAUUCCAAGAUACCCUUUUCAAUUUGGCAUUGAAAUCUUUUGUCAAAAGGCUAGCUGUGUAUUGGAAUUUGUAGGAAUUGUUUGUUGAUCAAAUACCCAAUUGUAGAAAAAGAAAAAAUCCCUAAAAUAUAAGGGGGGGAAAAAAUUAAAGUGUGAAAAUUUAUAAAUAAAAAUGGAAAAUAUGGUUGUUCUUGAUGGUGAGCAAGAAUCAAUGGAUUUACCACCUGGGUUCAGAUUUCACCCUACUGAUGAAGAGUUGAUCACUCACUAUCUUUCAUUCAAGGUUGUUGAUACUAAUUUUUGUGCUAGAGCAAUUGGAGAAGUUGAUUUGAAUAAGUGUGAACCUUGGGAUUUACCAAAGAGAGCAAAAAUGGGAGAAAAAGAAUGGUACUUUUUCUGUUUAAGAGACAGGAAAUACCCAACUGGAUUAAGAACAAACAGAGCAACUGAAGCAGGAUAUUGGAAAGCUACUGGGAAAGAUAAAGAAAUUUAUAGAGGAAAAUCACUUGUGGGUAUGAAGAAAACCUUGGUUUUUUACAAAGGAAGAGCUCCAAAAGGGGUGAAAUCUAAUUGGGUUAUGCAUGAAUAUAGACUUGAAGGCAAAUCCUCCCUUCAAAACCUCCCUUCCAAUGCCAAAAAUGAAUGGGUGAUAUGCAGGGUAUUCCAAAAAAGUGCAUCAGGAAAGAAAAUCCCAUUCUCAACCCUAAUUCAAUCAAAUUCAUCAGGAAUUGAAUUCAACCCAUCAACAAACCUCCCACCAUUAAUGGAAUCCUCACCUUACAACACAAAUUACAAUACCCAUCACGUGUCCUGCUUCUCCAACUCCAUGGAAACUGCUCAAACAAGUCAUUACCAACCCAUUGAUCAACCCUCUUUUAAUGGGUUAAACAACCAUCCUUACACUUCAAUUCCCAUAAAUCCUGGUGAUAAUUCAUAUUACACUAGACUUGGGGGUGUAAAUCCCUAUUUUUCUCCCCAAAUAGGCCCUAAUUCUGGGAAUUAUUCGGAUCAAAGGAUUCUCCAAGCAAUUAUUGAGAAUAAUGGGGGAGAAUUAAAACAGAGUAUGAAAACAGAGGUGUUUAAUUACAGUGCAUCACAAGAUACUUGUUUAAGUAGUGAUUUAAAUAAUGCUGAAAUCUCGUCCGUUGUUUCUAAUCAUGAUAUCAGUCGGAGGCCGUUCGAUGAUCUUGAUGGACCGUCGACUUCUGUUGGGCCGUUAGAUAUGGAUUCUAUAUGGAAUAAUUAUUGAAAAAAAUUACUGCAGAGGAGAUUAUAAAAAAAAAUUAGGAGAAAAAAAGAUUAUAGAAAUUAUAUAUAUUUAUUACACGUUGAUUCAUUGAAGGUUUGUAUUAGUUUGGUGUAUAGAAUUUACUGAAUCCAAUUAGGGAUACAGAUGAAAUACAGUAUUUUAUGUAUUUUAGUAUGAUAUAUAAUAUAUUAGUAGAGAAUACAUUAUAGCAACUGUCUAGUCUUACAUGUAUUUUAUAACUUGUGAUUUGGUUGUUAGAGUUUUGAAUGAAAUUGUUCUAAGAAUUAAUGUAUUAAAGAUUAUUGGUAAACAA